UCUUAGUUCUAAUAAUUAUUAUUUUGUAUUGAUUUUAUUAAAGCUUUCUGAUGAUCACAAAAAGAAAUAUAAAAUAUACAAAAGCAUCGUUUCUAAAUAACUUGUAUUCAAAUGUUGAGAUACAACGUCUUGUAGUCAAUGAUACAGGCCGUUCACAAUUUGAUCUUGCAUUCCAGCUUACAGCUGAUGGAAUUGACCUUGUCAGUGACCCAACUGCAUUCACAUUCUUUAUCAAUCAUGUUGAGCAAGAAUGGGUGACCGAAAAUGGAGUUACUUACCCAAAAAGAAAUUACACAAACAUCGAAUUUGAGAAAUGUGGUGAAACCCACUUCAGCUAUGAUAAUCUUGAUGAAAUCAAGAGAAUCGGAGUGGACAACUACUACUGCUUCAAACACAAAAACUACUCAAUAGGAGGCAGCUUCUACUCGCCCAAGUACCAUUACCUCGAGAUGAAGCUCCGACGCUGAGUGAGUGGUGAUUCCUCAUGCAAGAGUGACUCUGAAAUUGAAGCUCUGGUCAGAGCUUCAAGGUUCUCGAUGGCCAUUGUGAACACAGUCGUAGACCUCAAAGACUACAAGAAACCGGUGCAAUACAUGAUCGACGACGGACUUUUCUGGGAGUUGGUGCCAGACUUCAGAAAGAAAACUGACAUUUUCUUGAGAAAGAAUGAAGCCUUAUUAGAAGACAACUAUGUGCAGUUAGGGUUUCCGAAGGAAGAAGAGUUUUACCAGGUGGCAGAGACCAACGACAGAUUUGAGAGUGAAUCAUCAAAAGGAGACUUGCUAUCGAUUUAUCUCAGAAUUGACAAAAUCACAGAUACGUAUGAACGCCAGAUCUACUCCAUCGGCGAACUCCUCGGUCAAGCAGGAGGCUUCUAUGGCGCCCUCAUUGGCAUUGGGUCGGUGUUCCUGUUCAUAUUCUCAGAACGGCUGUUUGUCAGUUCAGUGCUUAGGAAGAUUUACCAGAUAGAUUCGUGGCAGGAAAAGGAAAAACUCGACAAGAAAUUGAGAGAAAGACAUCGUAAGGAAUACAAAAAUCAAUUCGUUCAAUAUAAACCGGAUGGAAGAAAGGUGAAAGUUCCUUAUACCCAGUCUGAGAAGUUCCAUCACCAAGCUUUUGAAGAUAUCAAAAGAAUGAAUUACCUUGAAGCCAACUCCGAAAGCAGCCAAUUCAAGGAGAAUGUUCUCGAGAGGUGAGAACAAAGCAUGAGAGAGCGUAAAGUGUUCAAAUAUGGGUACAAAGAUAUCUUGCAUUACUUGUUCUGAUGAGCUUUUUGAAGGAGAAAGAGAUAGAUGAGGCUUAAGCCAGGAUUUAGAGAACACCUUUACUUUGAAAUUGGUCAAGAAAAGUUACUUGAUGAACUUGAUUGAGUCACCAUUAUUAAGGCUGUCAGGCAGCUCAAGUUAUUAACAGCAGUUUUGCUAAACAAACGACAGAAAUUCUUAAUGAAGUUCCAGCGCAACAAUGUCAUUGAUAGUUCGUCCUCUGGCACUUCUGAUGAAGGCCAAAUGAAUAUCAUCGACCUGAUGGCUAGCAAAAACAAAUAAGCAUGUUGAGAUUGUCAACAAGAAGAUAAACAAAUUAAUCGAGAGUUUCUGAGACAAGCCGUUUCAGGAGAUUGACAAGAGAGUCAUCAGUGGGAUUGUCAAGAAACGAUUUUCAGACUCUAAAGAAGAAAAUAAGGACCAAGAUCAGUCAUGAGAUCUUCAUUUAAGUACUCUCGAUGCAAAAUUCUUUUAAAAUUCUGACUAUUCUAUAGAUAAUAAUUCAUCCAUAUCCAAGUCUAGAAAAUCAGAUUCUAUCGUACCUUUAAGAGGUAGACACGAAACAGAAGAGCCCAUCUCCAAACCUCAAAGCCCAUUCGGUCAAGAUUCUGCGACUAGUCUCAAACUAAAAAAUUUCGAAGACGAAUUUCAUAGGAUGAAAAACUUAAUGAAAGAGUAAAAGCUAGCUCAGAUCAAAAUAUGAAUAGUGGCACUAAUAUAU